AUGUCUUCUACAACCAAACGCAAGGAAAUUGACCUCAUGAAACUAAUGAUGAAUAAUUUCAAGGUGGAAACCAUUGAUGAUAGCGUGAAUGAAUUCUUUGUGUAUAUGAAUGGACCUCCUAACAGUUCUUACGCCGGAGGUUUGUGGAAGGUACGAGUUGAGCUUCCAAAUGAUUACCCGUAUUCCUCUCCAUCAAUUGGCUUUGUUAACAAGAUUUAUCAUCCAAAUGUUGAUGAAGCGUCAGGCACAGUUUGCGUAGAUGUGCUUAAUCAGACUUGGAGCCCCAUGUUUGACUUAGUGAAUGUGUUUGAGAACUUUCUUCCCCAACUCUUGAUGGACCCAAAUGCCGAUGAUCCAUUGAACACAGAAGCUGCUGCUCUUAUCUUAAGUGACAAACAAACUUACGAAAAAAGAGUGAAAGAGUACCGUGAACAAUACGCGAAGCCGGAGGAUGUUGGUGUAGUUGAAGAUGAGAAAACAAGUGACGAGGAAGUUAGUGAUGAUGGUAAAGACUCUGGAGAUGAUGAUGUUGGAACGUCUGUGGCUGCGGGCCCUUUCGACCCGUAGCCCAUGUUAGCUCCUAUGGUUUUUUGUACAUUGGUGUUGUACAAAGCCCAUAGUAGUGAAGUGAAAUCAAGCUGAAUGAUCAUCCGUUUCAACUAGCAAAUAAAUUUUGAAUUCUAGA